AUGGCCGAACCAGUGAUAUCGAAAACCUUCUGGAAGUGCAUCACAAGGACAGACUGGCCAGACUUUCUUGACGUCCUAACCUUCCUGCUCGAAAUCACCAGCAUCCUCUUCAACGCCCUGGCCGCGGUUCUCCUCUUCAAAAAACACGCCGCCGGCCCGCGGGUCAGUCUGGUCCUCCUGCGUAGCAUGACUACCUGCUAUCUCCUCUCAGCCACCGUGAACUUCAUUGCCACCGUCUAUCCCUACAAGCUGCGGGCACAGAACUACCACUUUAACCGUUUUGUCUGCCUAUUCUGGGACAGCCGCUUUUUCUAUUGGAUCUUCAGCAUCAUGGGGGAUCUCAGUCUGGCUACCUUCUCGGUUGACCGUUUCUUCACCUUGGCACAGCUUGAUCGCUUCAGAGUAACUCUGCCCGAAUACCGCAGUUUUACCUUCGUGAAUUUUGCUGUGGUCAGCGCCCUGCUUCUCUCCCUGCCUCAACUACUGACGGUGAAUCUUCAGGGCGACAGCUGUGACUGUGCCCCCACCCAGCUGAUACGCUGGAAACUGAAUCGCCUGCCAGCCAAUCACAACUGGCGCAACGAGGAUGACCUCAACGGAAUGGCCUUUAAAGGACAGGCGGCGGCGGCAGCUGAUACGCUGAUCUCACACCACUACCAGCAGUGUCGCAGUUGGUCCUCUGCCUCGCUCUGCAUUCUGCCCCUGGCGGUAAGCUAUGCGCUCACCGCCGUCUACGAUUCGACCUACCAGUUUCUGAGUGCGUUUGACGAGGCCAAAAUCCUCGCAAGGAAUGACAGCCGCGUGAGUCACGAGCUGCUGGAGUCAUGGUCCUCAGGCCCCCAGUCCAUCAACAAGCGCGACGAUUUGGCGUUCCCGUAUGAGGCCCAAAAGCCAAUUCUUCGAAGCUCGGCUCGUCAACAGGACGCGACUUCCGUCCUGGUAGUCAUUGAGCAUCCACGACCAUUUCUAAUCCUGCCUUGCUAUCGGAAUAUGGUGGCCCUGGGUAUAGGUAGUAAAUUCAAGCCGACGCAGGUAAGUUACCCUUGCGCUCUCUGGAACAGUAAGAGACCUGCGACAUUUAGAUUGUUUAUAAACGAUUUCGCAUAUGAUAGCCUAAUUCACAAGGCCACCAAGAAGCCUUCAUUCGGACAUCCACCGUCACACUUCCCUGUCCCCCCCCCACCCUGCCCCAGCAAGGCCAUUUAUAACUUUUUCAUAUUGGAUAAAUUGUACGCUUGGCACUACCGUCUAAAUUUGGUUGACCUAGACAUCAAAGCGUCCUUGGUCACGUCAUGUGACAACAGAAUGUAG